GAAGAAGGUAGACAACUCUCAAUACACAAAACAAAAGUAACUCUUUUUCGUGGCGUCUGUUUGUCGUUUGCCGCCAUUGUUUGUAUUUAUCAGCAGGCUCAUUAAAAUCCGACGCAUCAUGAAGUUAGUUCGGUUUUUGAUGAAGCUUAGUCACGAGACGGUAACAAUAGAAUUGAAGAAUGGAACACAGGUUCAUGGAACGAUCACAGGUGUUGAUGUGAGCAUGAAUACACAUCUAAAAGCUGUGAAGAUGACUGUAAAGAACAAAGACCCAGUUCAAAUAGACUCACUGAGUAUUCGAGGAAACAACAUCCGAUACUACAUUCUUCCUGACAGUUUGCCCCUAGACACGCUAUUGAUAGACGAUGCACCCAAAACAAGAACAUUUCAGCGGGGCAAGAGAGACCGAGGAGCUGGUGGUGGUGGUGGUGGUGGUGGUAUGGGACGUGGAGGUAGAGGUGGUCGUGGAGGACGAGGUGGUCGUGGUGGGCGAGGUAGAGGGAGAGGUGGACCACCGCGGGGCAGACGGUGAACACUUGUUAACUCAUUGGACAUUGAUUUUACGGUCAUCCAUGUCUUCAUACUGUGAAGGAGCUACUCGAUGUGGAGGAGUGUGUGACUCUGGCUGAAGAAUCUUCAUUUAUUGACACUUUUCUUCAUCAUGUGCAAAACAACAUUACAUUUCAUGGCAGCAGUCGAUGUGUGGCGUGAAAGGAAUUCUGUUAUUCCACAAAUGACAUCAAAAUCAUUUCACACAAAAAAAAAAAACAUUGUUUCAUUCAUUUCAUUUUGUUUGUAAUAUAGUUGGUAUUAAAAUGUAAUAUUUGUAAUAUUAA